CACCCUCAAAACUUGCACUAAUUCCCGUUGGAUCCUCACCGCCUUUUUCUCUUCUUCAGCUUCUUCUUCUCUCUCGAUCCUUUGUUUCGAUCUCCAAACCCUCGUCAAUGGCGGACGCCAUGGAGCCUCUCCUCCCGCGCAAGCCCUCCGUAUCCACCUCCGGCACCGCGGCCGCCGCCUCCCGCCGCCCUCUGUUCCAGGGCAUGGACUUUCUUGGGCUGAAGAAGCGUGGCCAGGGCCUUCGCUCUUGGAUCCGCGUUGAUGCCGCCACUGGGAACUCCCAGAUUAUUGAGGUCGAUAAAUUCACUAUGAUGAGGCGGUGCGAUCUCCCGGCCCGUGAUCUCCGGCUCCUCGAUCCCCUCUUCGUGUACCCUUCGACUAUCCUUGGCCGUGAGAAGGCUAUCGUCGUGAAUCUCGAGCAGAUCCGAUGCAUUAUUACUGCCGAUGAGGUCCUACUUUUGAAUUCUUUGGAUAGCUAUGUGUUGCAGUAUGUUGUUGAGUUGCAGCGGAGGAUUGCGGCGCACUCGUCGGACGCUUCGGCCGCGUCCCCUGAUUACUUGCCGUUUGAGUUCCGGGCUCUGGAGGUCGCGCUUGAUGCGGCUUGCACCUUUCUAGAUGCCCAGGCAGCUGAAUUAGAAAUUGAAGCAUACCCCUUGUUAGAUGAGUUGACAUCAAAGAUCAGUACUCUAAACCUAGAACGUGUGCGUCGUCUGAAAAGCAGACUUGUUGCAUUGACAAGGAGAGUUCAAAAGGUAAGGGAUGAGAUUGAGCAAUUAAUGGAUGAUGAUGGGGAUAUGGCUGAGAUGUAUCUUACUGAGAAGAAGAGGAGAAUGGAAUCAUCAUUUUAUGGUGAACAGUCUUUAAAUGGAUACGGCUCAACAGGGGGUGCAUUAUCGGUUUCUGCUCCGGUUUCUCCGGUCUCAUCACCACCUGAAUCAAGAAGGCUUGAGAAAACCUUUAGCCUUUCCAGAAGCCGGCAUGAAAGUAUGAAAAGUUCAGACACCAAUUCUGAAAACAUAGAAGAAUUGGAGAUGUUGUUGGAAGCUUAUUUUGUGGUCAUUGAUAGUACUCUGAACAAGUUAACCUCUCUUAAAGAGUAUAUUGAUGAUACAGAAGAUUUCAUUAAUAUUCAGCUGGACAAUGUUCGGAACCAGCUGAUCCAAUUCGAGCUGCUACUGACAACCGCAACCUUCGUAGUUGCAAUCUUCGGUGUCGUGGCGGGUAUUUUCGGAAUGAAUUUUGAAGUACCAUUAUUUCAAAAACCAACUGCAUUCCAGUGGGUGCUUAUAAUCACCGGCAUAUGCGGCGUAAUCAUCUUCUGUUCCUUCCUAUGGUUCUUCAGGUACAAAAGAUUAAUGCCCUUGUAAUUGCUCCUUUAUGAGGAACUUAAAAAAAAAAAAAAUAAGAAUCCUCAUCAUAUCUUGUUCUAUGAGUUUUCACCAAAGAGUAGUUUUAUCUAUGUACAAAACAGACUUACCAUCAAACUUUUCAAAUGAUCAAUCAUUUGGAAAAUUUAUUUGGUGAGUUUGUUUUGUACAAAUAUCAUUGCUCUUAACUUUUGAGGGCUUCAAAGUUGGGGCUUGUUAUUUUUUGUGCUCCCCAUUGUAUAUAUCAUUCUUAGCCUGUAUAAAAUAAACUAUGCUGUUGACAAUUCAGCAAUUGCAUAUUUGUUUCUA